AUGAACGUCCGGCUGUUGCUCGGCCUGCUGCUCGUGCCGGCCGCGGUGCACGCCGGCCUCAUGGGGCGGCUCUUCCGCAAGCAGGACAAGGGCCACUGCGGAGACUACGGCAGCGGCGGCGCCUUCUUCGGCUACGGCAAGAAGGGUGGCCGAGACUACCGCGACAAGGGCAGAUACCGACACUACAGCAGCCACGGCUACAACCACGACUACGGCGAGUACGACUACGGUCACGACUGCGAUAUCUUCUUUGGGUACGCCCGCGACUACGGCUACGGCUAUGGUGACUACGGACAGCAUGAUGACUAUGACCACCACGGAGGCUACGGCGAGUACGCUGUAGGUCACAAAAUCCAUCACGACGCUUACGGUGACAAGGGUGGCUACGGCCACGACUACGGCUACGGGAGCCACUACGAUAGUCACGGCUACGACGACUACCACCACGACAAGGGAGGACACAGCAAGGGAAGAAGAGGCUGGUUCGGGAAAAGGCGUAACCAUGGCCGUGGCCGGUUCCGCUUCGGCCGCAACAAGGGCAAGUCGAGACACACUGGCUAUGGCAGCCAUUACGGCAAACACGGCGGCUACGGUCACCAUGAGGGCUUCGGCCGCUAUGGCGGCUACGGCCACCACGACGGCCACGGCCACCAAAAAGGGUACGGCUACGGCGUGCCCGGCUUCGGUGCGGCGGGCUACGGCGGCGAUCAGUACCUCUACGGGGACAGCCUGCACGACAGCCACGCGGGGCACGGCGCAGUGCACCUGACCUCUGGUCUGGACCAUGAUCUGGACCACUUGAGGGCCGGUCCGGACCACGGCGAGGACGCUGUCGGCGAGGGCGCCCUGCUGGGGGUGAAGGGCGCCGCGCCACCCGGCGUCCCGCACGCGGCGCCCGUGCUCGAGGUGCCGCGCGUCAAGUACGUGGCGCGCUACGUGCCCAUCACGAUCCCGGUGCCUCUGCCAAAGCUGGUGAAGGCCACGGCGCCGACCAAGGUCGCUGAAGUCAAGAAGCCGCCGCCCGAGCCGAUCCAGCCGGAGCCGGCGCCUCCCUUAAAGGAGCCUGAGCCGCUUCCAGAGCCGAAGGCACCCGAGCCCGACUACGACUACGGCGGCGGCAACUUCGGCGGCGGCCACGACGGCGGCGACUACGGCAGCAGCUACGAGGGCGGCCGCGGCGGCGACUACGGCGGCAGCUACGAGGGCGACCGCGGCGGCGACUACGGCGGCAGCUACGAGGGCGACCGCGGCGGCGACUACGGCGGCAGCUACGAGGGCGGCCGCGGCGGCGACUACGGCCAGUCGGCGUUUCGUGCCAGCUACUUCCCGCCGCGGCGGGCGCGCAGCAGAGGCGAGGGAGCGCGACGCGCGGAGACGGCCGCUGACGCGGCGCAGUAG